GAGAGCUUCCCCGUCCCGCCCUCCGCAGCGCUGCCCGCCGAGUCUGGCGGCGAGGGAGCCGGUCCUGCGGCUGGGCGCUCCGCGGGGCUGGCUCCGCUUCCCGCUUCCCUUCGCUCGGGCGAGCACACAGCAGCCGGAGACAAGCUGGCCCGGGCGGCCCGUCCGGCCAGGGAUCUCCGCUCACGCCCCCCUUUCUCCCGGCAGCCCGCUGGUCCGAUGCUGUCCCGGGGCGCCGGGCCCCGCCAUGGAGGGCUGUGAUGGAGGCCGCCGGGGACGCUCGCCGCUGCCCUGGACGGGCCCUGCUGGUGCUCCCGCUGCUGCUGCUGCUGCUGCUGCUUCCCCGCGGGCUUAGGAGCGCCUUCGGGGCGCCGGGGACCCAGCCUUGCUCGGCUGCCCGCUGCCCGGAGAGCCUGACGUGGGCCGUGCGCCUGACCGGUCCCGAGGAGGAUCUGGACCGGCUGGCCGAUGACUUGGCCCGCGAGGCCCGUCUGGUCAACGUGGGCCGAAUCGGCGAGCUGAAGGGCCACUACCUCUUGGCCUACCGGCCUGCAAGCGCCUCCGACCCGCCUCCCGGAGCGGUCCGGAGGGCUGCCGAGGCCCUCUUCGCGCGGCACGCAGGCGUAGGGUGGCACGCGGCUCAGCGGCUCCUCAAGCGCUCGAAGCGCGCCCUGCACUUCAACGACCCCAAGUUCCCCCAGCAGUGGCACCUGGACAAUCGCAAGAGGCCCGGGAUGGAUAUCAACGUGACAGGCGUGUGGGAGCGGAAUGUGACGGGCCAGGGGGUGACAGUGGUGGUGGUGGAUGAUGGUGUUGAACACACCAUCAAGGACAUCCAGCCGAACUACAGCCCGGAAGGCAGCUACGACUUGAACUCCAAUGAUCCUGACCCCAUGCCCCACCCCGAUGAGGAGAACGGCAACCACCACGGGACCCGCUGUGCUGGAGAAAUUGCAGCCGUGUCCAACAACAGCUUCUGCGCUGUGGGCGUUGCCUUUGGGAGCCGGAUUGCAGGGAUCCGCGUGCUGGAUGGGCCCCUCACAGACAGCCUGGAGGCCGUCGCCUUUAACAAGCACUAUCAGAUCAACGACAUCUACAGUUGCAGCUGGGGCCCAGAUGAUGAUGGCAAAACAGUGGAUGGCCCCCAUCAGCUUGGACGGGCCGCUCUGCAGCAUGGCGUAAUUGCUGGCCGGAGGGGCUUUGGCAGCAUCUUCGUGGUGGCCAGUGGCAAUGGGGGACAUCACAAUGACAACUGCAACUAUGAUGGCUACGCCAACUCCAUCUACACAGUCACCAUUGGCGCCGUGGAUGAGAUGGGCUACAAGCCAUUCUAUGCGGAGGAGUGCGCCUCCAUGCUGGCCGUAACCUUCAGCGGAGGUGACAAGUUGAUGAGAAGCAUUGCAACAACAGACUGGGAUUUGCAGAGGGGGACGGGCUGCACAGAAGGGCACACGGGCACUUCUGCCGCAGCACCCUUGGCUGCUGGACUGAUCGCCCUUAUGCUGCAGGUGCGCCCCUGCCUCACCUGGCGAGAUGUCCAGCAUAUCAUAGUCUUCACUGCCACUCAGUACGAAGACCAUCGUGCCCGCUGGGACGUCAACCAGGCUGGCCUAAGCCACAGUCACCAACAUGGGUUCGGACUGCUGAAUGCCUGGCGGUUGGUCAACGCAGCCAAGGUCUGGGAGUCUGUCCCUUAUCUGGCCUCCUACAUCAGCCCCCUUCUGAAGGAGAGCAGAGCCAUCCCCCUGGACCCGGGGCAGUUGGAAGCCACCUGGAACGUGACUGAAGCUGACCUGGAGCUGUCGGGGUUGAAGACUCUGGAGCACGUGGCCGUGACAGUGAGCAUCACCCACCCACGCCGUGGCAAUCUGGAGAUCCACCUCCGCUGCCCCAGCGGCAUGGACUCCCUGGUUGGGACAGCACGCAGCAUGGACUCAGAUCCCACUGGCUUUGUGGACUGGACCUUCUCCACUGUGCGCUGCUGGGGCGAGGAGGCCCAGGGCACCUAUCAGCUGACAAUCCGUGACGUGGGCGAUGAGACGCAGAGAGCGGGCAGGCUGGACCAGUGGCAACUGACCCUCUAUGGCUCAUCGUGGACCUCCUCUCAGAUCCAGGAGCGGCAGAGGCUGCUGGAGAAGGUGAUGAGUGGCCAGUUCCUGAACAGGGACUUUGCCUUGCCUUGCCCCCCAGGCCUCCGGAUCCCCGAGCAGCAGCCCUACACCAUCACUGCCAACACCCUCAAGACUCUGAUGCUGCUCGGUUGCUUUGCUGUCUUUUGGACCUUCUACUACAUGCUGGAAGCAUUCCUGACUUGCAACAACGUGGCCUUUGAUCUCCCAGCUCGCAGCUGCCGGGCCUCCAAGAGCCUGGAAGAAGGAGCUGUGAUGGAUCACACGGUGCCCCUGUGCAAGGAGGCCAAGGCCGAGGCCGUGCAACCAUCCCCGGGCCUGCGAGGCUUGGAGGAUGGCUGGGGAUCUCAAGGUCCUCACUGGGGAGAGGAUUGCUAAACCUCGUGGAGUAGGAGCAGUCUACCUCAGUCAUGGGUUGCUGAGCAUGCUAGUGCUGCCUCCCUCUGCUCUAUGCUUUGGAGAUCAGCUGAGAGGCUUCCCCUGCCCCAGCAGCUCCCUGAGAAGUAACUCGGCUUUUCUGUGGCCUUCUUGGCUGUGCCUGUCCCCUCUUUGGCCCAGAGGGGAUUCCCGGGCCCCAGCUGGGCAGUGCAGGGACAAGGAGACCAGUCCAACCGAAGGACGAGAAAUUCUGGCCUGUGGAGGGGAGGGGCUGCUGCUGGCCAGAAGGGGGUUGUGGCCAUGAACUGGGCUCAUGCUGCCCCCAGCACUCCUCUCCUCGCCCCACUGCCUGGCAGGCCCUGGUUCUGCCAACCCGCUGCUCUCCCUUGCUCUCUGCCCCGACUGGCUGUACGCCGUUGCUGGACCAGGCCUUGCCUGGCUCCUGCACUUGCCUUGCCUGAGGGGCUGGGAGUUGCUCGGAGGGCUUGGUUCUUCCACUGAAGCUCCUGGGACCCUCUGGGGAUCUUUCUGGGGACUUGGCUUUCUCUCCCAAAGUCACCCUCAGGCUGGAGGACACGUUUUGAUUUUUCUGGCUUUGGAUGAGCAGCAGCCAGAAUUAUUCUUUUGCACUUUUCCAAAAUAAAUUCUUGAAAAUCCA